AAGCCGUACACAAAACCGCGAAAACUAAAAAUUAAUUUCGAAAUGGGUAUUCAAGGAUUAUUGCCGUUCUUGAAGAAGAUCCAUCAGCCAGUCAAUGUAGCACAGUUUGCAGGAUGUACAGUUGCAAUAGAUGCCUACUGUUGGCUUCAUAAAGGAGCUUUUUCCUGUGCAGAAAAGCUUGCAUUAGGGGAAAAAACUGACCAGUAUGUGUAUUACUGCAUGAAGUUCAUAAAUAACUUGCUGUCAAAGAAUAUCAAGCCAGUGUUAGUUUUUGAUGGCUGCCAUUUGCCAUCAAAGAAGAAUGUUGAAAAGUCUAGAAGAGAAAAGCGAGAACUGAACAAGAAGAAGGCAGCCCAAUUUUUACGAGAGGGAAAGCGUGCAGAGGCUAGGGAAUGUUUACAGAGGUGUAUUGAUAUAACCCCCGAAAUGGCACUGGAACUGAUGAAUACUUGCCGAGAACGAGGUGUAGAUUGUAUAGUGGCCCCGUAUGAAGCUGAUGCCCAGUUAGCCUACCUCAACAAGAUUGGUGUAGCUCAGGUCAUCAUUACAGAGGAUUCAGAUCUCUUACUCUUUGGAUGUGAAAAGGUGUUGUUCAAGAUGGACCAUGCUGGUAAUGGUAUUCUGAUUGAACGUAAAAGGUUGAACGAAGUCACUGCGAUACAGGGUGGUCAUUACCAGUUUGACAAGUUCCGGUACAUGUGUAUUUUAUCUGGUUGUGAUUACCUGCCAUCAUUGUCUGGUAUAGGACUUGUAAGAGCUAACAAAGUUUUCAAAAUUGCCAGGCAACCGGAUAUAGAGCAGCUGCUGAAGAAAUUGCCGACCUACCUCAAGUCAAAUAUAUCAGUACCUCAGGAAUAUAUUGAUGGAUUUGUUGCCGCAAACAACACAUUUCUCUAUCAGUUUGUGUUUGACCCCCUGCAGAGAAGGCUGGUUCCUCUCAAUCCAUACCAAGAGGAUGUAAAUCCUGAUGAGCUGUCCUAUGCUGGUGCUCAUAUCCCAUCAAAGAAAGCCUUGCAGAUAGCUCUAGGAAAUGUCAAUAUUUACUCUGGUGAAAUGUUUGCAUCAUUUGAUCCAGAUACUUUUGUGCCAAAAUAUGUAAAGAAGAAGCCCGAAAUGUUACACAUGUUGAGUAUAUGGGACAGGAACUACAGAGUGAAACCAAAAGCUGCUUUACAUGAGACCCAGUUACCAGACAGGCCCAAUCUGAAAGGCAAAGAAAUAUCUGUGAAGGCAAAUUUUAAAAAACGAAGCCCUCACAAGAGGGUCAGAGAAGUUGAGGAUUCUAAAGCAGUGAAAUCUGACACAGAGUUAUAUGAUAUAUAUCAUUCUCCAGUGAAGAAGAAACAAAAAAUGGAUGAUAUUGAUGAUGAUUUACAUAGAUUCAUUUUUGCUUCGAAAGAAGAAGUGGAAGAUCAGGAUGAAGGUACAGCAGAGGAGGAAACCAAAUCUGGUCUUAAAAAUAGUCCACAGUUUUUCAACUCCCUGUCUGAGGCACAUCCAGAGGUUAAAGUUGAAACUGAAAAUGAUAUGGAUAAUGAUGUUGAAAAAGAAAACAUGGUAUCACCACGGAGAAAUAUUUUUGCCAGCAAAUCGCCUUCAAAGAGAUUCAGAUUUAAUCUAAAUGCACCAAAGCAGAAAGAAUUAAAAAGCAGAUUUUUUGCAAGUAAUGUUAAGGCAGACGAUGAGAGAAAUGAGAAGAGUGAGAGUCAGACCAGUUCACCAGCAAGAGAUAGGGAAGAGAACUAUUUAUUGUCACAGUACAAGCCUGUUCAUUCCAAUACAGCAAAUGUUUAUUCUCCCGCGACAUCAAAUAGUCCUUCAAAAACAGACAUAAAAAUUGUAAAUGCUGUCAAAGAAGAUUUCAGAAGAAAAAAAUCGGAAGUACAUGAUGACAGUUCUGUAUCUAUCACAGAAGUUCCUAGGCAACAUUUUAAGUUCUCCAAAGCAGUAACAAACAGAUCACCAAAGUUUUCUCCACAGGGAGGCUCAGCAUUUAAUUGGUCCAAAUUUAAAUUUAAUAGAGCCAGUAGCUCAGACAAUAUCUCAUUGUCAAAUAAAACUUCCAGAGAUGUGAAAAAGCCAUUCAAGAAAGUUGUAUCUGAAAGUAAUUUGGAAACAUUUCUGAAAAAGACUGACAAGGCAGGUAACUCUAAGGAUACUGAAUCUGUUGAAAUUGAAAACAUUACUUCCCUUGAUGAUGAAUCCAUGGCAACUGGAAGUGACAAUUCUGCACCUCUGAGUAGCUACCCUUACAGUAUUGAUUCAGAUUGUCUCAGUGAUUUUUACCUGGGAGAAACUGAAUGUGAGCUAUCUCAUUCUAGGGCAGACAGCCAGCAAAAUGACGCCUCCAUUGUAACUGACACCAGCUCCAUAAAUGAUGAUAAAAACAACAGUAAAUCAGGGCUGAGCAUCUAUUUUAAACCAAGUAAUUACACAGAUUCUCAGAUUUCUGCUGAUGAGGUAAAAAAUAAUGCUGAAAUGAAUGAAAGAAAUGAAAAUUCUACAGGUAUUUAUGGCCAGCAAUGUGAUGAGAGGCGUGAAGAUGGGAGAAAUAACACAGGAAAACAUUCUGUUGUCUUGAUUGACUCUGAUGAUGAAACGUUUUCAGAGUUUCAACUUCCCACUCCUAUUCCAGAGGCUGUCGGCAUUUCAUCCAAACUGAACAAAGGGAAGGCAAAACCUGGUUGCAAAGUUUCUGGUUUGUCCAGGCGGUCAAAGAAGUCUUCAUCAUCCAGUCAGGAUACAAGUGGCAAGCAGCAGAAUCUGAAAGAUAUGUUUGCCAAGUUUUCACACAAGAAAAGUGAGAAGCCUAGACUGAGCCAUGGGACAAUAGACUGUGACACUGAUGAUGCCUUUACCCCAGAGGGGAGAUCAAGUCAUGUUGGUAGAAGCAAUGGGGUUCAGAGAGUUUUACUGAAGUAGACUGUGACACUUGCAAUUAUUUAUCUGAAGAGGCAGAUCGAGUCACUUGGCAGAAGUAAUGGGUGCUCAACCGUUCAGAGGGUUUUAGCUGAAAUGUAUUGUGAUACUGGUGAUGUUUUUAUCACAAAGGGGAAAUCAAAUCUUGUUGCCAAAGAAAAAUGUGUUCUUAGAGUUUAGCUGAUAUAGACUUCGACAGUAAAAUGCAUUUACCCCAGUAUGAUCUUGUCAUGUUGACAAGAACAAUGGGGUCCAGGUCUUUUUAGCAGAAGCAGACCUUGAUAUUGGCUAUUUCUACCCUUUGUGAGCAGGGACAAGAGAAUAUAUAUGAGGUAAUACCUGUUGAGAUGCAAUAGACUGGGACUGUUUUUGACUUAGAUGGAAUAUGUCAUGUCAGUUGGAACAAGUCUAUCAAAAGAGAUGUUGACAAAAAAAUACAAGGAUCACUUAAGCUUUAUAUGGCCUACACAAUUCAGAAAAUUUUCAAAUUAGUAAUAAAUGAAAAGAAUAUAAAUUAUUUGCUACCAGAUUGUAUGUCUUCUAUAGUGAAUUUAGCUUUUUUGAAACAGAUUAAUUACUUUGUUCAAAAGAUGUCACUGAAUAUUGCUGAAACCACAGAUUUUUUAGAAAAUGGGCAGUUUUUGCCGCCAUAUUUAGGUCGGAUGGGAAUGUUUUUAAUUGUGAGCACAGUCAUGGACCAUAAAAAUACUUUGCUCAUAGAUCAAGCUUCUUUUACAGAAUUUAUGGUCAUUUUUUGGUUAUGGUCGACAGCUGUGCCCAUAUUGAAAAUUUCUGAUUUGUUAAAAAAUUCACAUAAAAAUGGAGAAUUCCCAUACCCGUAAUGUUAAAUUAAUGUUUUUUCAAUUGCAUCAGAUAUUUUCUUCGAUAAUGAAUAAAUAGUAAAAUAUUGAAUGCAUUUUGAUAAAACAAUACUUCUUGAUGGAAGAAAACUCUGAAUUUUCUCCAUUUAGAGAUUUUCAGUACUUAGGCCAUUUUUAGGCAAAAGUGAACCUUCUCCUUGUGGGGAAAAAGUGAGUUUGUCCUGAGAGAUCUUAUAUUGUCUGUGUAGGAGGAAAAUGGUGGAUAUUGCGAAGGUGAACUGAAGUAACUAAUCUGAAGUUUUAGCUCAUAAAUGAGAAAACAAAAGGUAUUACCAUUUCGGGUUGAACACAUGUUUUGUAGAUAAAAUAAACAAAAUAGUGAAAAGUUACUCAUAUUUAGAGAUAUUACUAUUAGAUUUAAUAACAUAGUUAGUGAUAUGUAUGGAAUAAAUAUGCAAGAUUG